GGAAGUAGACAAUCUGGGCGGGAUUAGCGGGGAACAACAAGAUGGCGCAGAAUGAAGAUAUUUGGCAGGGUUCCAUUCUGUGAAACACACGUCAGCCCGAUGACAACUGCGUGGCACGACAUCAAAACCAGCAUGAACCUCCAGCAGCCAGCCCCUGUCAUCCCCCCCGUCCACCCUGAUGUGCAGAUGAAAUCCCUGCCCUUCUAUGAUGUGCUGGACAUCUUGAUCAAGCCUUCGAGUUUAGGAGUGAGUACUGCACAGAGGUAUCAUCAAGAAAAAUACUUUAUCUUUGCCUUGACACCACAGCAAGUUCGGGAAGUAUGCAUAUCCAGGGACUUUCUACCAGGUGGCAGAAGGGAUUAUAUGGUUCAAAUUCAGCUGAGGUUUUGUUUGUCAGAGACAAGUUGCCCUCAAGAAGAUAAUUAUCCCAACAGUCUGUGUAUAAAGGUCAAUGGGAAACUUUUUCCUUUGCCUGGUUACGCUCCUCCGCCAAAAAAUGGUGUGGAACAGAAGAGACCAGGAAGACCGCUGAAUAUCACGUCGCUCGUCCGACUCUCCUCUGCAGUACCCAAUCAGAUUUCAGUGACGUGGGCACCUGAAAUUGGAAAAACUUACUCUAUGUCUGUGUACCUGGUGAGACAACUGACAUCACCACUGCUGCUUCAGAGGCUGAGGAUGAAGGGCAUCAGAAACCCAGACCACUCCAGAGCAUUAAUUAAAGAGAAGCUGACAGCAGAUCCAGACAGUGAGAUUGCUACAACAAGCCUUCGAGUCUCACUCAUGUGUCCGCUGGGUAAGAUGCGGCUGACGGUGCCGUGUCGGGCGGUGACCUGCUCUCACCUGCAGUGUUUCGAUGCCGCCCUCUACCUUCAGAUGAACGAGAAGAAACCCACCUGGAUCUGUCCUGUUUGUGACAAGAAGGCUGCCUACGAGAGUCUCAUCAUUGAUGGUUUAUUCUUGGAAAUACUGAAUGACUGCUCAGAUGUGGAUGAGAUCAAGUUUCAGGAGGAUGGAACUUGGUGUCCCAUGAGACCAAAGAAAGAGGCGGUCAAGGUCCCUUCUCAGUCCAUUCCAAAGAUUGAGGCUCCUGUGCGCCAGCCAUCAGUGGUUCCUCCAUCGACUGAGCCCAGCUCCACCAAGAAGGCUGAUGUGAUUGACCUCACGCUGGAAAGCUCCUCUUCCUCCUCUGAUGAAGAGGACUCAGACCCUCCACUGAAGAAACGUUGCAUAUACAUUUCCAAGAAUGAGGAUAUGCAUGCUAAGGGAGUGUUGACCUACCAACCCACUGUGCGCAUGCCAAAUGUCCAGUCCCUGGACCCGACGUAUCUGACCUCCACGCUCGCUGACUAUGCAGUCCCCUUCCAUCCAUCCACUCUGGCCACCAUCCCCACAGAAAUGCAGAGUCUGGAUUUGUUUUCUUUAAUUCAAGCAGAUUCUCAGCAUUACCGGCCUCAGAUGUUCCUUGACAACCUGACGAGCAGCAUGCAGAGUGCAGCCAGCACCAGCUCCGCUCUGGUCUCCUCCAGCAGCCACUACGACACCAGCGCACACGCCACCAGCUCCCUCCACGAAACCCGGGUCAUCACAGGAGCAGGGGGCGGAGCUGGAGGAGGAGCUGACAGUGGCAUUUCAGAUAUUAUUUCACUAGACUGAGCCGCGUCUCUUACUGGACCUUCUCAGGCCUGUUUUGUGGCCUUUUUUAUUCAGUCUGGACUGAACAUGUGAGGAAACGGGCACAAACAGUAGGUCACAUGAUCAAGCACAUACAUUGGUAUACAUGAGAACUUUGUACCUGGCCUUUGGUUUGAUGGCCACUGUCAGAGAGGAGCACUCAGUGAAAUUAGUAAAACAACUCAUUUUGGUGCAUGUUGCCUCUAAGAUCCAGUGUGAUAAAAUGAAAUAUAGUAUUUAUUUAUUAAUAAUCGUCAUGAGUCUGUCAAAUAUCACCGCAGUGUCAAAGUUGCACCUUUCUUCCCUUCUUUGGUGACUCCGCCUCCUGCUCAUCGUGGCAGACUAACUCCUAACAUUCGUAUGAAAACACACAAAUUCUGAUUAGAAUCGACUGUCUAUUUGAGUAAAAACCUAACUAUUCACUCUAGAUCAUUCAGAUGGUUGUUAUAUGCAACUUCCCCCCUAAAUCCUCCAUACUGGUCCUUUUAUUACACGGUGCUGUUUGAUGAUGAUGAUGGCCGUCAAUCCAGACGUGCAGAACCAGAUGCUCAGAGUGUUCAUUUAUACCAGUGUGUUUGUUUCCAUGAACACGUGACUCUGUGCUGUUUUGGCCUUUUUUGAUGGGAACACUGAACUGUGUGCCUCACUGAAGUGGGACAGAGUCGGGAUGAAAGGAAGAAGAGUUGGGACUUGCAACAAGGUCUUGUUUCCUUGUGUGUGAACGAAUUGUUGGAAAAAGAAAACCCCCACACACACACACGCGCGUUUCUCUGUUUUUACUGUAUCUUCUGGCGACUGUCUUGCCUUUCAUCCUCGAAUGGAAGGCAGCUCAGUGAUUGAACUGUUUUCACAGUUCUUUAAUGGGGUUUAUUACAGGGCAGCUUUUACUUUGUUUGCUUCAGUGUCAUUUAGUGAGAGCAAUAAUCAUUUCACUCAUGUUUGGGUAUUUAAAGCCACAGUCGGCAGGCAGGAUCACACACACACAGGACUUUUUAGUUUUUACUAGUAAAACAGCACACAUGCCCGUUCCCUUGCAUUUCUUAACCAAACAAAGUUGACACUACACACACACACACACUGGUGUGUGUUCUUCCACUAAAAGUAAUUUACCAGCAUGGUUGCCGCGGUGUACAGUUCUUCUUUACGGUGGGGCGGCUCGUUCAGGAUUAUAUCCGGCGCAUUUCUACCGAUAUCUCUUUUACAAGUGUUGCUUUUCUUUACACGGAAAGCUUUUUAUGGAAUUAUUGAUCAAAAAUACCCCACGGCAUAAAAGAAGUCCUGCCCACUGUACCUUUACAUUUCAUUGCUGUAAAUGUAGUCUAGAUAACGGAUCCAGUUGGUCCUCAUCACUCCGCCUCCCAAAUCAAGCGUCGUCAUUUAAGAUGUGAGCGAAUCAAAUUAGUUUGCUCAAUUUCUACUUUCUACGCUCUAUGAACUUUAUGCUAAGACCCAGCGAGCACCCAUGUGACGUGUGUCCAUCUUGGUUAGCGUGUUUCCCAAAGCGUUCAACUUUACAUUUUCUGGUAAACGUGCGUUAUCGGCUGUGACGAAUCCGGUUCCACAAAGUUCACAGUGCCAAAACCAAACAAUCUCACUCCACUUUUGUUGUACUUUGGCUGGUGUUGUGUGUUGAUGCUUUGUGUUGGUAUGGGAUGGACAUUUGCUCAGCAUUAAUGGCCACAUUUCACCUUUCUGUAGUUGACUGCGUGACUCGUGGUUCAUGUGGACUCCCAUCGGUCACCAGGAGCUCACACUCAGGGAUAGAAGUGAUCCACUAACAUUGUUUUUACCCUGUGAUUCUGACGUGUUUGUGCUUCAGUGUCAGCGCGUUUAAAUUGCACCCGAAAUGUUGCUGCCUUCAUCGUAACAGAGACAAACAUGUGAUUGACAAGUAUCUGAAAAGCAAAUGUUAUCUGCAUGAGAAACUUACCACUGGUGCUAAGUGAUUUGGGUAAUUUUGGUGACCAAAUGUGUAAAAGCUAUCAUUGUAAAGUAAGUCCUUGUUAAGUUUAGUGACAUCGCACUGUUUUCCUGUCAUGAACGGAGAGGGUUUGCAUCAAAGUUGCAGUUUUGUUUGCGAUUUACGGUUUAGAUCUUUCACCUUGUUCCUUUUACCUGCGAGCAGAGGACGUGGAUCCAUGCCGGUUAUAAGAGAACGGUUCUUUACAGACUCUCCUUGUUUUUCACUCUCUGUAUUUUUAAUUGUGGUUCCAUGUGUGGGUGUUUUUUAUGAUUAAAAAUGUCUUCUUUUGUA